GGUCAAAUGUCUCGCGACAACAUAACCUUAAUCUAAAAUGAGUGCCCAGUUCUCCACAAACGAGGCGGUGAGUUUAGAGAAAGAAAUUGGUGGUGUGCGGCUGGUGGAUACUCCGGAGGAGGCACUUGGCACGGUUUACGAGAUAGACAGGUGCAUCGAGUGGAUCCGAAGUCACGAUUUUAAAUCGGUUUGUCUGCAAUUCCCCGAUCACCUCCUGUCCGAUUCGACGAAAAUCGCGCAGCGGCUGCAAUCGGCACUGCAGCAAACCGUUUAUGUACUAGGCGAUUCGGCUUACGAAAGUUGCUGCAUCGAUUACAUCACAGCCGCCCACGCAAACGCGGACGCCAUAAUCCACUACGGCCCCGUUUGCUUCUCGCAAGCCGCAAACGAGAUCCCCUUCCUUAACAUUUACGAAAAGCGCGAUCUGAACCUGCCCGCGUUAACACAAACCGUCCGGCCACUGACAGAGGCCGAUCCCGAUUUCAGCAUAGUCGUCGACACCGAGUACCUGACGCACUUUGAUGAUAUUCGCGCGGCGUUCCCGACGGUCCCAGUCCGUUCGAUUCUCGAGCCGCCCGCCUCGCAACCGCGCGUCCUCAUCCUCUGUCACAAUCAACGCAAAAUUCUCAACUACAAGCUCUCGUUCAAACCCCGAGAGUUGCGCUAUUACGAUCCGACGACCGAUCGACUCGUCGACUACGAAUGCGACCCGAAGGUGUUGAAGCGACGCCGCUUUCUCGCCGAGAAGAUCCGAGAUAGCAAUACGAUCGGCAUUAUCAUCGGGACGGUGGCCGUUAAGAAUUACCUGACCGUUUUGGACAGGAUGAAGAAAGUGAUCAAGGCGUGCGGGAAGAAGUACUACGUCAUCAGCGUCGGGAAGCCGACGGUCGCUAAGCUCGCGAACUUUGCCGAGAUGGACGUUUACGUGGUCGUCUCGUGCGCGAUGAACGAGAUUUACGACAGUCGCGAGUUCUACAAGCCGAUCGUGACGCCUUACGAUGUCGAGGUCGCGUUAAAUGAGGCCGCGACCAGUCACGACUUCACCUACAAUUACAACGACUACCUGAGUGACGCCGAGAUUCGUCCCAAGGAGGACGCCGACGUCAGCCUGAUUACCGGCGCUUUGCGUUCGAGCACCUUGGAGGAAACCGCCGAAGAGAGCACCGAAAUCGCCGUUCGCAACGACGGUACGGUCGCGUUGAAUACCAGCUUCGGUGCCGGUUUUCUAGCGCAGCGUAACUGGAAGGGCCUGGAGCAGAAUCUGGGACAGGACGAGGUCGAGUUGGCCAGCGAAGGGCGGCGGGGGAUUGCGCAGGGUUACAGUAACGAGAAAAGUUGACGAUUGUUAUGUAUGCCGAGCAAAAAUAAAUUGUACGGUAUUUUUUGUUGAA